AUGACGAAACUAUGUGUUUGCCAAAUAUGUACUUGCGGACACCAUCGCUGUCCUCAUCGUCCGUUCGGAAUAAUUGGAAAAGGCGACCAACCAUGUGCAGUGACAGAAUAUCGCAGCGAAUUUAUUCCAAGAGAAACUGGUAUGAGACAAUCAUUCAAACCUGAUUAUUCAAUACAAUCCAGUAAUGUUCCAAUGGAUGAUGAAACAACACACAAACAUGAUUAUAUCAGACAUGCUCUCGAUCGACAAAAAUCAUUUAAACCAGAUGAAGUAUAUGUUCCUAUGGGUGAUUUUGAUUCACUUACCAGUUACAAUAAAGAAUAUACCGGUAGGAUAAAAGGUGGUGAACGAGCAAGACCAAUUAGACACGAUGGACAAAAACUAAUAUCAGCUCCAUUUGAAGGAGAUCCAACUUAUCGAAGUGAUUAUAGAAAAUGGGAAGCUGGAAGAACAGAGCCAAUUCGGCACGAUGCCGGUUGGACUGCACCAGUGGAUCCAUUUAGAGGCGAAAGUACAUAUACAACAGAUUUUUUGAAACAUAAUUCUGGUGUACGUCAACCAAUCAGACCUGAUCAAGGUGUACUACAAUCUGUGGAACCAUUUGAUGAUAGAACCGGUUAUCGUACGGAUUAUAUUAAACAUCCCAUGCAAGAACGUUUUCAACGCACAAGAGAAGAGUAUAUUCCAAACAAAGUUGCAUUAGACUCAUUGACAACACAUCGAAAAGAUUUCACACCAAAAGAAGGUGAUCGAACACGUUCAAUGAAACCCGAUCAACAAGGUUAUCGGAGUGAUGCUCGUUUCGAUGAUUCAACAACGAAUAAAACAGAUUUUAAAAAAUGGGAUGUUCAACCAAAUCAACAACGUAAACCAGAUGAAUAUCGUGCUCAACCGGGUGAUAUGGAUUUAAACACAAUGUACAAUACAGAGUACACUCAUAAACCGAUGCAAAAAGUCAAUGCAAUCAGACCGACUGAACGACGAAUGAUUGAUGCUAAAUUUCAAGCUGAUACAACGUAUGGAGGAGAUUAUAGAAAAUGGCCUGGCUCAAGACCACCAGCGAUAAGAUCACAAUCAGGAUAUGAACCACCAAUGGUACCAUUUGAGGGAUUGAGUACAUACAAAGGUCAUUACAUUCCUCAUCAAGGUGGUCCAUCUCGAUCAUUUAAACCAGAUGGAUCAGUAUACGCAUCGGGAGCACCGUUCGAUGAUUCAACAAUGUAUCGAGUAGAAUUUACACCCAAAUCUAUAGAUCCAUGUCCAGCCGCUUUAUUAGAAACUCCUCGUUCAUCGUUCGUGUUUCGUCAUGAUGAUCCUACUGGUCACAAAUUCUAUCAGCCUCACCAUGAAAUAGGACAAAAUGGAAAUGGAAUGCAUAUGAAUCAGCCACAACCAAUUGCUGUUUAA